GCAUGCUUCAGCCGGUCCACCUCGGAACUGAAGGGCAUUGCAAUCGCCAUGAUGGUGAUCGUUUGUUCUAUCACUGGUCAUCCUUUCAGUCAUCAUGCUCACACCUGAUGAGUCUCACCUGUUUCUGCGAUCCCGUCUCACCAUGGAGGAUCUGGAAAGUGAGAAGUAUACAGUUCACGACCCCUGUGUGACCUGGUUGGAUGAGAAUGAGGUUGCUCUCAGAACCAGAGAGGGUCAUGUCCUGUCCUACAGCCUCCACUCCAACAUCACAGCUACCCUGCUGGACAACAGCUCUUUAGAUUUGACUUACACAAAGUUCCAUGUGUCUGCAGACAAGAGGUUUGUCUUGUUGACAUACAACAUUCAACCGGUGAGUGACUCUGGUUAUGACCAAAAUAAAAUGUUCAGAAGAACCAUCUAUUUUACAGUGUCAAUCUUCAUCAAUAAUCAUACUCACUGGCAAAGCAAUUCUCCAAAGACACCAAAGAUGAUUUGAUUGCAACAAGGGUUUCCCACUCGCUUUCAUUGAACACAGUUUUACACAGCAACGCCACAAACUGAUUCCAGACCAUCAGAGAAAAUCAAUUGAGUCAAAUCUGUUUCCGUUUGCGACUAAUGACAGGUCUAUUUCCCAACUGCAUUGUGACUGUAGUACAAUGAUGCCAUGCAUUCUAAUCCAGCCUUUACAGUAAAUCCCCUUAUGAAACAGUUAGAGAGAGAGAGAGGGAGAGGGAGAGAGAAAGAUGGAGGGAGAGGGAGAGGGAAAGAGAAAGGGAAACUAGUGACUGCAGCAGUCUGUUGCUCUACAUGCUAUUCAAACAACAGCCACUAGUGAAAUCACUGGCAAUCUUCAGACUGGGUAAUGAUGGGGGAAGGGGUGCAGAAGGAUGGAGGGUAUGAAUGGCUGAGAGAGAGUUUGAUGUAGAUAGCAGGGCAGGGGGAGGGAGAGAUAGCGUGGUAAAGUUGGAGCUGCAUGCGGUAAUGAAAUCGCYCGGCGGGGAAUGUAAAGGAGAAGCUUAUAUGAGAGUCUAAUGUCUAAUGCACACUUGCAGGUGGUUUGAGGCAAACCCCAGCAUAACAAGCAACUCUAACAACACAUGCGUUUUCCCGUUUCUCUCUUUGCCUUAUGACAGCAUUCUCUGUCUCCCCCCCGACCUACUCCUUCUGUAAAUAACCGCUCGCUUAAUAAAUAGUUUCCUGUUUCCCCAAAGGAGUGAGCAAAAGGUGUAAUAUACAGGUAAUGGGAGAGGAGGGAAAAAAUUAUUAGGAAAAAAAUAAGCCCACAGCCCAAUUUUUGCCUUAUUACAAAGCCCUGUCAGAACAGCCCGGCUGUUCUCCUUAUUUAGUAGUUGAUGAUCAGAUUAGCACUGUUGUAAAAUGGGGAAGCAAAAACACAAGUAUAAUUUUUUGCACGUUAAUACUGCUUUUUAGAUGGUGUGUAUGUAUAUAUUUUACCUUUAUUUAACUAGGC